GAGCGACAGUGCCAGUGCAGUGACAGUGGUCGCUUGCGUCUAGUAUCACAGGUUGUGGGAGCAGUUUCUUCUUGCUUUGAUGUCUACUGCAUUGCGUUUGCUUUACUGCUCCAGGCCAGGCACCUUUGUUAUCAGCCCUGGUUUGGUUCGACACUUCAGCCUCAGUGUGCAGAGAGGGAUGUACAAGUAUGUGAAUGCCAAGGAGCUGCCCCUUGAUAUGAGGUCAAUCACAGACCGAGCUGCUCAGACUCUCCUGUGGACCGAGCUCUUCAGAGGAUUGGGGAUGACUAUGAGUUACCUUUUCCGCGAGCCCGCUACCAUCAACUACCCCUUUGAGAAGGGUCCCCUGUCUCCUCGUUUCCGUGGUGAACACGCUCUGCGCCGGUACCCCAACGGAGAGGAGCGCUGUAUCGCCUGCAAGCUGUGUGAGGCUGUCUGCCCUGCCCAGGCCAUUACCAUUGAGGCUGAGACGCGUGCAGACGGCAGCAGAAGGACCACUCGCUACGACAUCGACAUGACCAAGUGCAUCUACUGUGGCUUCUGCCAGGAGGCCUGCCCUGUUGAUGCUAUUGUGGAGGGACCAAACUUUGAGUUUGCCACGGAGACCCACGAGGAGUUGCUGUACAACAAAGAGAAGCUUCUGAACAAUGGAGAUCAGUGGGAGUCGGAGAUUGCUGCCAACAUACAGGCAGACUACCUCUAUAGAUAGACCAUCUUACUGGCAAACCAACCACCAUCAUACUGGCAAACUACCUAUACUAUGCAUACUGUAAACACUUAGACAAUCCUAUGUCAAUGAAUACACCAACAACGCAAUAGAUCAUACUUUUAACAAAGAGCCAGUAGGCAUAUUGUCAAAGGCAAAUAAACACGCACAAGUGUAAAAGCAAAAACGCACACAUUUUCACUAAACACCUUUUGAUUGAAGUGUAUACCUCAUGCAAAAGUUGUAAUAUAUGAGAUUUUGAAUAAGCAUUAUAACUGCAGAUUUAAUUGUAGUUUAUUUGUAUGAAGAAAAUAAAUGAUGACGUUCUGAAGGCC